AUGGGAACUCUGAAUCUACAUGUGGUCUCCCAUCCAGAGACCGACCCUGAUUAUUUUCACCACUUCCAGCUACAUGUGCUCUCCCAUCCAGAGAUAGACCCUGAUUAUUUUCACCACUUCCAGCUACAUGUGGUCUCCCAUCCAGAGACCGACCCUGAUUAUUUUCACCACUUCCUGCUACAUGUGGUCUCCCAUCCAGAGACCGACCCUGAUUAUUUUCACCACUUCCAGCUACAUGUGCUACAUGUGGUCUCCCAUCCAGAGACCGACCCUGAUUAUUUUCACCACUUCCAGCUACAUGUGGUCUCCCAUCCAGAGAUAGACCCUGAUUAUUUUCACCACUUCCAGCUGCAUGUGGUCUCCCAUCGAGGGACCGACCCUGAUUAUUUUCACCACUUCCAGCUACAUGUGGUCUCCCAUCCAGAGAUAGACCCUGAUUAUUUUCACCACUUCCAGCUACAUGUGGUCUCCCAUCCAGAGACCGACCCUGAUUAUUUUCACCACUUCCUGCUACAUGUGGUCUCCCAUCCAGAGACCGACCCUGAUUAUUUUCACCACUUCCAGCUACAUGUGGUCUCCCAUCCAGGGACCGACCCUGAUUAUUUUCACCACUUCCUGCUACAUGUGGUCUCCCAUCCAGAGACCGACCCUGAUUAUUUUCACCACUUCCAGCUACAUGUGGUCUCCCAUCCAGAGAUAGACCCUGAUUAUUUUCACCACUUCCAGCUGCAUGUGGUCUCCCAUCGAGGGACCGACCCUGAUUAUUUUCACCACUUCCAGCUACAUGUGGUCUCCCAUCCAGAGAUAGACCCGGAUUAUUUUCACCACUUCCAGCUACAUGUGGUCUCCCAUCCAGAGACCGACCCUGAUUAUUUUCACCACUUCCAGCUACAUGUGGUCUCCCAUCCAGAGACCGACCCUGAUUAUUUUCACCACUUCCUGCUACAUGUGGUCUCCCAUCCAGAGAUAGACCCUGAUUAUUUUCACCACUUCCAGCUACAUGUGGUCUCCCAUCCAGAGACCGACCCUGAUUAUUUUCACCACUUCCAGCUACAUGUGGUCUCCCAUCCAGAGACCAACCCUGAUUAUUUUCUACCACUUGUGGUCUCCCAUCCAGGGACCGACUCUGAUUAG